AUGGCUUCAAAACAAAUGUUCGGCUUUCGCGCAGGACUCUGUUGCUUACUGUGGUGUCGCAACUUGUGCGGUGCUACUCUAUUUUUUCCAGAUAAUACUGUUUUGGGUAUGAUUUUCGCCAUUGCAGUGCCAAUCGAGUUGCCGCAUCGCGACGUCUUCCUGUCGUACAACUUCGAGGCGAACUAUAACUUACCCGAUACUUGGGGUAUCCCUCCGAUUGCGACAGGAAUCGAAUACGAUGAUAUCUUCAAUCAACUUGAGGCCGCACGCGAACUUUGUGACGACUGCACGAAUACAACUACAACCACUACAAUAAAGCCAACAACAAAGAUCGCUGGGAAUGCAACGAGUGAUGGCAAAGAGGAGCCACACCGACGCCAGUUGCGCAGCAAGUUGGAUUCUCUGUUGACGCGUACGCACUUCUACCAUCUACUCAGGGACAAAUUUGAAAGAAUCGGCUACAGUGGCGAACCCUGUCUGCUACGUUUGAUUUGUGAAACGAACUCCUCUGCUCUCGGUGAGGUGAACGGCAUUCUAGGGACAUUACUUCAUAUAAUUUUCUCACCGACCACAUCUGCAAGUGAAAAUCUUCCCCUUUCUUACUAUCAAGCCGAAGUGGACGGCGCUCAUGGGAUGUGCGAACACUACGCGACCGCCUGCGAGGAGAACCCGUUGGACCUGAUUACUGCGCCACUGGGUGAUAUUAUCGAUGAUUUAAUGCGCGUUUAAGAGAGCAAGAAAAUUAGAAGAAAAUAAAUAAAGUCUGUGAAAAAUAUUUCGAACCUUAGUGGUAUGAAACUUAUUUGUGAUAUGAUUUGGAUUUGGAGAUCCGCUGAACCAAAAAUGCAUAGAUAUAUCAACA